CUCGAAUUUCCGCAAUUGGACCCCACGCGACACCCAGGCAGAGCUCAAAGCUUGGAAACACAAGCCCAGCAAAGCGCGAGUCGACGGCCAAACAGAAACCAUCCCGAGCUGUGAGAUGCAGCGGGGAUUUUGGGUGACGUGGAGAGAACCGAAGCGAGAGGCGACAGCAGCGCGACAAUUCUUGGGAGCGAUGUCGAUGCGAGUCGGGUGCUGCCGAUCAAAUCGGACGAAAACCUGGCGCGCGACUGACACUGACAACCUCCAAGAAUGGCGGUACCUUCAGCCCCGGGUAGGUACCGCCAGUACUGCCCGGCUACCUAGCAACCAACCUUUCGGGGCCGGGACCAUCCCAGGGCUGACGUUGAUCUCCUCCCUACAGGUAGGAAAUCAAGCUCGUCUUCCAGCUCCAGAUCCUGGAUGCGGCCGAUUCUGCCCUUCUCUAGGAUCGGGAUUGGGGGUGGGUGAUUGCCGAGGUGUAAGCCAGACAGGUGUAAGCAGGUUGGGGGUCACUGUGUCUGCUGGGAGGCCAGGGGAUCGGCCAGGACAUCCUGGGGGAACACCAUCGCACGCAGACCCGCAGCGAGAUGGGAAAUGGGAAAUGGGAGAUGGGAUUUGUGUCGCCCAUCACCGUCACCUGUUUCCCUUUUUCGGUCCGUUCCAAGUUCUCUCCAGCUCCAGCAGUCAACGAAUAUUGCUGGCUUGCCCACCCACACAAGCAUUAACUUGGCGGUCCGCUAGAGUGCUGGUCCCCCAUUUUGGGACGCUUGACAUGCUCCUGGUGCAGGAUGACGUCGUCAGUCGCAGGAGGAGCCCAGAAUCGCUCCCAUAUCUUGAAGGUGGUGGCGUCAAACGUACCAGAUCUAAAUUCCAGGGGUGGGGCCGACGCCCCCACGCGGAAUAUAUUGAACAAACAAGCAGACAAAUGUAUGUAUAAUAAAAAAUGGGAACCUCAGAUCUUCCAUCCCAUCAAGAAUCGAGGUUCCUGUCAUACGAUCCAUGAUCGAUGGUAGGGCCGAUACUGCCUGUUUGGUAAAACGUGAUUGUGGCGGUUACGAUGGUGAUGAUGGCGGUGUCAAAGCAUCAAACAGUUCUUGGGCACGGCUGGCCGCAGCAGUCUGUCCGACGCGGUGGGGAAGAUACGUUGGAUAUGGCUUACAAGACACACACAUACACUAUGGUGAAAUGUCAAGAUUGCCCCCGUGUGUGUGUGUGUGUGUGUGUGUGUGUGUGUGUGUGUGUGUGUGUGUGUGUGUGUAUG